AUGGUUCAACUCACAUUCGCCACAGCGCUUGCAUUCCUUGCAGCUGUUCAAGCCUCACCUCUUACGCCACGCCAAUCCACCCCCAGAUUCCUCAGUCUCCCGCCAACGCCAGAACUAGCAGCACCAAUCAGUACCAAAACAUUCGCAACAGCUGAUGGAGUACAGUUGUGGUUCCAGAAAUACAACGAGCAAGCCGGCGGUGACCCAAUCGUUUUUAUCCACGGAGGACUCGGUUACUCAGCUUAUUUUGCAGAUGUGAUGAAAAUCAUCGCCAAAACCCGUUAUGUCAUUGCAGUAGACCGAAGAGGUCAUGGAAGAUCGACAUACUUGGCCGGAGAAACCUUUACCUUUGACAAGAUGGCCGAAGAUACCUUUGACCUCCUUCAAGCAGAGGGUGUCAAGAGUGCUAUUUAUGCCGGAUGGAGUGACGGAUCUGCAACUACUCUCGCCUCCCUCAUCAACCCUAAGAUCGCACCCAGCAUCAGCAAAGCAUUUGUCUUUGGUGGUUUUCAGAACCCACAGGAUUCAAACGCCACAUUCACAGACACCGCCAUCUACACUGAUUUCCUCGGUAGAUGCGGAGAGGAGUACGCAGUUCUCCAACCCAAUGCCGACUUCAGGGAUUUCGCAACCAGAGUGGGUACCUUGGAAGCUACUCUUCCUCUCUUCACUGAUGCUCAAUUGGGUGGCAUCGAUGGAAAGAAGGUACAAAUCGUGGGCGCUGAUAAGGAGGAGGCUGUCAACUUGGAUGUUCCAGCUAAACUGAACAAGCUUAUUCCAGGAAGCUCUUUGGUUAUGUUGAAGGAUGUCAGCCAUUUCGCUCCUGUUCAGGACCCUGUUGGAUUUGCAGCUGCUAUUGAGGCAUUUGUUUCCGGCACAGCACCAAAGAACUAG